AUGGUGGUCUCCGACCUCUCAUCCAUCCGUGUCCCAGACAAGAGCGCGCUAAUGAGAGACGACGCUCCUUGUGAUUGCGCUGGCUGUACAAGAGAAGGAGAGACGCCUAGUGGCCUUGUGGCGAAGGCGUUAGAGCUGAACGGCUUCCCGAAGGACCUUAUGCCUGCGCAUCACAUACAACACUGUUACGGCGAUGCGAGUGGCCCCUUCCGUAUAUACCUGGACCAAGUUGUUGAGAAGGAGAUUUGCGGAUACCCCAUUCGCUUCGAAACCGAGAUUAGCGGGACCAUUGAGAAUGGCUGGAUCCGAAAGCUGCAGGGUAUUCGUCUCCUUGAUUCUUUUCUUAGAUUCGUCAAGCUGCUGUGCCAGAGCUGCUUUAUGUUGUCUUUCUCCAUCCAGAAGAUUCUGAACCAGCAGGCAAAGGCCUAG